GCUAAAGAUUGUUAAAAUAGCCUUUAGAUCAGUUUAACACCUUUAUUAGAUGUGUACAAUAGGAUUUACUUCCAAUAUUUAGAUUACUGAUAUGAGCUGUGACGUAAAGCAACGUUAAGUCUGUUAUAAGACAGUAAUGAAUGUCAGGAGACGCAUUCAUUGUGUUUAUAGACGGUCAUUGGGUGAAAUAAUUAACGGGUACCGAGAUUACAUAGUUCAUUGUUCUGAUUCAAAUAUUUGUACGCGAUUUAUCGUUUUAUUUUCGGUGCAUUCGAUUUAAAUUGCAUGUGAUUCAUCUGAAUUAUUUGUGAUCUUUGACGUUUUUGGAAUUUUAAUUUAUGAAUUAUUUGCUUGUUGGGACAAGCGUGCACAAUGUACAGUAAACUAAUCAUUGAACAAUAAUACUAAUAAUAAUUUAAUUUCAGCCUUCAGAACUGUUUCCACAUCUUUGUACCUUCUUUUAUUGCAGUUAAUCCGGAUUUAUUUGCUUUCUGUUAUACUUUUCUGCGAACAGAUUUAAGUGAUGUCUACUUUUCCAAGGAUAUCCCUGAGACCUGAAGUCACUGAUUAUCUCAAGAAUGUCUUCCUAAACAAGGAGGUGUUAGCGGCAGUCGGCCAUCAGGAGGCAGAAAGUCGUUUCUGGAAGCUGCUCACAUGUCUGUCUCACCCUCCUUCAUACACUUGUGUGCGGGUCAGCACUCAUCUCGCUCCCCUGGAAGAGAUCAGACACAAGUUAGGGGAGGAGCUGAAAAAGCACCAGAUGUGCAGCUCAUCAGAAGAGGAGGUGUCCUUUCAGAUUUUUCCUCACCCACGAAUUCCAGAUGUGCUGCUGCUUCCUGUCGAUGGCCCGAGACCUGUGAAGCAGCUCAGCUCAGAGGUGGUGGUUGGUGCUCAGUGUGGCAGUGCUGUACUCAGAGGCGCUCACGUCUUCAUCCCGGGGAUCAUAGCCAGCCCUAAGUUCAUGAAGACUGGAGAUGCGGUGUCUGUCUUCUCUGACUUGGAGGGUUGCUGCACCCGGGGAGCCACAAACUUCCAGGGAAAAAGAGGGUUUGUGGGAAAUGGAGUUGCUCAAGUAGACCGCUCUGGCAUCUUCUGCACAGAUGUACCUGCCAAGGGAAUAGGUGUUCUGAUGGUAGAGCCACUUUACCAGAGUCCGUCCUUCGAUGGCAUUCUACCAAACCUGGCAUUCCUGCAGGUGUUUUUCCAUGUUGUGCAGAACCUUCCCUCUGUAGUGGUGGGACAUGUUCUCGGGCCUCUUCCUGGAGAACGGAUCCUGGAUAUGUGCGCUGCGCCCGGAGGGAAGACCUGCCACAUCGCUGCACUCAUGAGGGACCAGGGUGAGGUCGUGGCCCUGGAGAAAAUCAAAAAUAAGAUUGAUCGAAUUCGUCAAAAUGCCCAAAUUUUGCAAUUAAGCUCAGUAAAGGUUUAUUGCUUUAACAGCACUAAAGCUGUGAGCAGCGACUCGGCACAGGAACAUGAAGGACCUCCUUUCCCUCCUGAAAGUUUUGAGCGGGUUCUUCUGGACGCCCCCUGUAGUGGCCUCGGGCAGAGACCCAUUAUGUCCUGUACCUGGAGCCUCAAGGAGAUCUGUUCCUACCAGCCGCUGCAGCGCAAGUUAUUCCACGCUGCAGUGCGGUUGUUGAAGAAAGGUGGGGUUCUUGUGUACAGCACCUGCACAGUGACUCUAGCGGAGAACGAGGAGCAGGUAGCCUGGGCUCUGGAGACCUUCCCCUGCCUCACGCUUCAGCCUCAGGAGCCUCACAUCGGCGCAGAAGGCAUGCCGGGAGCCGGCCUGUCACCUGAGCAGCUGCGUCUCCUCCAGAGGUUCAGUCCGGAGCUGAGCUGGGACCAGAAAGGAACGGCAGCCCCCCUCCCCUGCAGAGCCGACAGAGACACCAUCGGCUUCUUUAUUGCCAAGUUCCUGAAAAAGUGACUGUGGGGCAUGUUUUCUCUUGCAACACCAUCGGCUCUACCAUGAGACUGCAGACGGGAACAAUAGUGUUUAUAUUACAACACUGUGUGUGCUUUGACGGGGCAGUGUUGACAAAGACGCUCACUGUGCUGUUUACAGCAUCUGCCUCUUAACAGCUGCUCUCUGAAACUGCAGGCCAUAUAGGGAUAAGCUUUAUAAACACAGAGGGCAGGAGAGAGGGUGGGGGGUUGGGGGGCUGGAGGAAGGGAGGGAGGCACGUGGGGAUGGAGAGUGAAUGAGUAUUGGCAAAUGCAGCAGUGCUUGCAUUGCCAUAACAACAGUGACGACACAGCUGCCAUGGUGACCGUGGAUUCGCUGGAUUUCAGAGAUCCGGAAGUCGCGUGCAGAAAGAGGUCACGAGUGGUAUUAACAAUUGAGUGUCUUUUAGAAGUUGUGGAGACAACUGGGACCUCUAAUUAAGACUUCUGCUGCUUGUUAGAGAGAAGUGAUGCUCUGUGUAGUUCAGUCAUCGGAACAAAUUAAUCACCGUUUUACAAAUAAAAGUUUCUACAAAAAAUA